AUUGGUCCUGAGAGCGGUGACUCGCGGGCAGAGCAGGAAGGAAACCGCUCCCGAGCGCGGCGGCGUCGUCUCCAGGCCGUGCGGCUGCCGCUACAGCCAGCCAUCCGUCCGCUUGUCGGCUUGCCAGUCCACCCGCAGCAUGAGCGGCCUGCGCGUCUACAGCACGUCGGUCACCGGCUCCCGCGAAAUCAAGUCCCAGCAGAGCGAGGUGACCCGCAUCCUGGAUGGGAAGCGCAUCCAGUACCAGCUAGUGGACAUCUCCCAGGACAACGCCCUGCGGGAUGAGAUGCGAGCCUUGGCGGGCAACCCCAAGGCCACCCCACCCCAGAUUGUCAACGGGGACCAGUACUGUGGGGACUAUGAGCUUUUCGUGGAGGCUGUGGAACAAAACACACUGCAGGAGUUCCUGAAACUGGCCUGAGCCCACUGGACUCCAUCACCACGUCCCCCCGCAGCCACCGCCGGCCAUGAAGGACCUUGUGACCAACUCCCUGUCAUUCCUAGCCUUCCGACCUUAGAAUCUCUCCCUGCAACCCAAGCCCCCCUCCUCCCCCUCUCUAAUUUAGCCCCCUCUUCUCCAUUCAAAGGCAACAUUCCUUACCCACUAGUCUCAGAAAUUGUCUUAAGCAACAGCCCAAGUGCUGGCUGUUGUCAGCCAGGCCCUGAGGCUGCCACCCUGCCUGGCACUGGCUGAUGGGCACCUUUGUGGGUUCCAUUAGCCAGGGCUCUGCCAAAGGCCCCGCAUUCCUUGUCCCCUAGAGACAAUUAAAUGUCCCAUUCCACUGA